AUGAUAAAAUUUUUAAGAGCUUCAAAUAUCAAAACAACAGAAUGCGGAUCAUGCUAUGGAGCAUCAAAUGGAUGCUGCAAUUCAUGUAAAGAAGUAUUAGACGCUUUCCAAAAAAUUGAAAAAAGUCAUCCUCCAACGGCCAUGAUUCAACAAUGCAGGAAUACGUUUUCUGAUGCAGAUUCACUCAUAAAUGAUAGUUGUACUCUUGGCAUUACACUGACUGUCCCUCAUACUCAUGGCAGUUUUUUCAUUACUAUUGGCCAAAACACAACUAAUACAUCAGCAGACUAUUUAGGAGUUCCUAAGGAAAAUCUGAACUUUACACACUCAUUUGACUUCUUUUCGAUGGGAGGAGGCUAUCAUCCUGCGCAAAUUUUACAAAAUUAUAUGAAAGUUCAAAAAGAAUACGGAAGAUAUAAAGCAAUGUAUUACAUUAGAGCUACACGUAUUCUUAACGAUUAUGAUACUCAAUACAGUCUUUCUGUAACAAGUUAUGAUAGAUAUCGUGAUGAAUCAUCCGAUAAAUUGCCUGGUGUUUUCAUCAAUUAUGAUAUAUCGCCCCUUAUCCUUCAAUACGUUCUUGAUCGACCAAUUUAUCAAAUAAUAAUUGACAUGAUGGCCAUAAUUGGAGGUAUAUUUGCCUUUGGCCUCCUAAUUGAUAAUAUCUACUUAGCAUCGACGUUACAAUCAAGUCAAAUUGUUUAA